UCCACAAUGUACAAAACGUUGCGGGCGUUUUUGCUGCCGGAUGCCCGAUGCUGGGACGCCAACAGUGAAAGGUCAUACCAGGACUUGUUUGAGAGGCUCGAUGCCAACAAAGAUGGGAAGGUGGAUGUCGUCGAGUUGAGAGCGGGCCUCACUGCAAUGGGGGUUUUCCGAAAAGGGGCUGCACAGAAAAUCGUAUCGUCCGGUGACAAAAACAAAGACGGGAGCCUUGACUUCAACGAGUUCACGAGAUAUCUGAAGGAACACGAGAAGAAGCUGCGGCUGACAUUCAAGAGUCUGGAUCAGAACAACGACGGGCGCAUCGAUGCGGCUGAGAUCAAGCAGUCCCUUGCUGAGCUGGGCAUGGACAUAUCAAGAGAGGACGCCCUGAAAAUCUUAAAGAGUAUGGAUAUUGAUGGCACCAUGAUGGUGGAUUGGAAUGAGUGGAGGGAACACUUCCUUUUUAACCCUGCUCAUAACCUGGACGAGAUCAUACGCUUCUGGAAACACUCAUCGGUGCUGGACAUAGGUGACAGCCUCUCCGUUCCUGAUGAGUUCACAGAAGAAGAAAAGACCUCAGGCCGCUGGUGGAAGCAGCUAUUUGCUGGGGCAGUGGCAGGAGCAGUCUCUCGAACUGGCACCGCCCCCCUGGACAGGGUGAAAGUCUUCAUGCAGGUUCACUCCACUAAGUCCAACCGGAUCAGCCUGGUCGGAGGCUUUAAGCAGAUGGUUUCAGAGGGAGGUGUCACAUCACUAUGGAGAGGCAAUGGAAUAAACGUUUUGAAAAUCGCCCCUGAGACAGCAAUCAAAUUUAUGGCCUAUGAACAAUAUAAGAAGCUGUUAUCGUCAGAGGGCAGUAAGGUUAAGACCUACCACAGGUUUAUGGCUGGCUCUUUGGCUGGCGCCACAGCACAGUCAGCCAUCUACCCCAUGGAGGUGAUGAAGACCAGGUUGACCUUGAGGAAAACAGGCCAAUAUUCAGGAAUGUUUGAUUGUGCAAGGAAAAUCCUGAAGAAAGAGGGUGUGAAAGCUUUCUAUAAGGGCUAUAUUCCAAACUUACUGGGCAUCAUUCCCUAUGCUGGUAUAGACCUUGCUGUUUAUGAGAGUCUGAAGAACGCCUGGUUGUCACACUAUGCCAAAGACACAGCCAAUCCUGGAGUUCUUGUGCUGUUGGGCUGUGGGACAGUCUCUAGUACCUGUGGCCAGCUGGCCAGCUACCCACUUGCUCUCAUUCGCACACGCAUGCAGGCGCGAGCAUCUAUGGAUGCAUCUGAUCAGCCCUCCAUGAGUUCAUUGGCGAAGAGGAUUGUGGCCAAAGAGGGCUUUUUUGGACUCUACAGAGGCAUCCUGCCCAACUUUAUGAAAGUCAUUCCUGCUGUCAGCAUCAGUUAUGUAGUCUAUGAGUACAUGAAGACUGGUCUGGGAAUCUCUUAAUGAUGCUGCGAGUGGGAAAAGUCAUGUUGGUUACAGACGUAAACACUUCUCUGAAAUAACCCCAAGGUAACAAACAGAGACUAAACAUACAAGGCAUGAAUGGGCACAAAAUCUCUGCAGACUGAGUGUGUGUUCCUAAUAAAUUAAAGGUUUUUUUUUUUUACUAGGUCAAAUAUUAAUCAUUUAUGAGAAGCAUGCUGUCAAGUUGCAGACCUGUUGUGAGGCAAAACAUAUCCCCUGGAUUUAGACACUCCAAGAAAUACAACACUUGACCCAAGCAAAGACCAUCUAAUACACAUUACUGAUGCAUAAAAAAAAGGUGGAC